AUCUCUAAAUACAUUUUCUUUCGUUUCCCUCCCCCUUCCCCCUGUGUACCAUAAAAAUAUGCUGCGUCUUCCAUGCAACUCUUGCUUUCGGACACGACUUGUUUCUUAUUCGCGUGCUGCUGCAGUCUUCAGACAAUACAACACCCCUGCUGCAACUGAUGUUGGACCAGAAGGUUCUUCAACAAUUUGCACCGCAAAUACCAUUACUGAAAAUGACCCAAUCCAUCGCGUCAACUUGUGCGUCGGUCAGAUCGUCAGCGUCGAACAACAUCCCGAAGCCAACCACUUGUUCAUUGAGCAAGUGAAUGUCAAUGAGGAAGAGCCCCGGACCAUUGUAAGCGGACUAGCGCCCUAUAUGGCCAAAGAGUCACUCUUGAACAAACGCGUUGUCGUCGUGAGCAACAUGAAACCGUCUCGAUUCAGAGGCGUGCUAUCCUCGGGUAUGCUAUUGGCAGCAUCGAACAAGGAUUCCAAAGCCGUCGAGUUACUUGAACCUUCUGCAACUAGUCAAAUUGGCGAACGCGUACAGGUCGAAUCGCAGCAUCCAACAGGUGAACCUGAUCCAGUAUUGAAACCAAAGCAAAAAAUCUUUGAAAGCGUCGCACAGUCUUUGGCAACGGAUGCACACAAGGUUGCAACCUACAAGGGCUAUAGAUUGGUAACCACGAACGAUGGCGGUCAGCCUAUCCAAUGCAAGAGUAUAGCCCAUGGUCAGAUAUCAUAAAAAAAUAAAAAAAGGG